AUGUUCGAGGCACCCGUGGAGUGCUGCGAGUGCACUGUUCCUGUUGGCGACGAUGGGGCGCUGCGGGCGGUGCUGCUCGUGCCGUGUCAGCAUCUUCUCCACAUGGGCUGCGUCGACUACAUACGCAAGCGCAGGAAAUUAGAUCAGCUCGUCGGUGGCAGCGACUGUAGUGGUGUGGCAGAAGUUCCAACACCGACGGCCUGCAGCAGCGAUGGUCGCCUUGUCGCGUGCCCGGCGUGCCAGAUGCCUGUGCAGCGGCUCGUCCCGCUGUUCCCCAGCAGCGGGGAUGUGCAGCGGGCACCCAAAGCGGUCUGCAGUGACGCCGCGUCGCGCUUCAGGGAGCUGCACCACGCGCAGAAGACCAGCAUCGCCCACCUCCGCGCACUUCACGAGCAGCGAGAGCGUGUGACGCAGCUCACGCGCACAUGUGCCCAGCUGCACGAACGACUUUCGGCAGCGCAGGCGGAGGUGGAUCGUAUGUCACGAAUUCUUCCCUCCACAGCGCCAGCAGGAAGUAUCUCGGAACUGGCCGAGGCCGAGCUGUGCGUCGGCAAUAUGACCGCCACUGAACUUGAAUUGUACAUCACGCAGUCCUCCGUGACACUAGAGGGGUUAGAGCGUGACGUUCGCGAGCAGCGGUGGCUGGCUGAAAAGAAGCGUAAGAAGUUGACUGAUUUGCAGUUGCGCUACUCUGUGGCAAAGGCGUCGCUGAAGCGUCCACCGCCCACUGCCGAUAAUGAGCGGGACGAUGCGGGGUCUAGUUGCAGUGAGGGCACGUUUGACUCACCGAGCGGUAGCAAGCGUCCGCGUCUUCAGCCGCUCUGCAUUGACGUCGACGCAGAGGAGGCGUCGGCCAAGGCAAAGGCGGUUGUUGUGUCACCGGGGAACGGUAGUGUCGCUAGGGAGGAUGGUGAGAAAGACGAUGAUGAUAAGGGAAGGAAUGAGGAGGUGGGUAGCAGUGAUAAGAACGACGAUGCCGACGAAGAUGACGAUGUGGUGUUCAUUGAGCACAAAGGCCCUGGCCUUACGAGUAGUGGUAUUAGCAGCAGUAGCAGAAGAAAUGGCAAGGCUAACAGUGUCGGGGCCAUGGACUCUGCUGCAGGUGCGUGGCAGACCUCACUGGUGACAGGGCCGAUAAGUGACGCCGUUGGCCACAAUGAUGUGGACGGUGGCGAGGAUACUAUGAUGUGCUACACACAUCUGCACCGCGCCGCGUUGACGCUACAGCCUGUGAGGAGUGUGCCCAACGUCACACGACUGCUCCCGAGGCGUGAGGACCGGCUCUGGCAGACGUCGUUAGAGAGUCUCUUGUAA